UGCCUGUGCCAAGGCUGUGUGCAGUGCAGGGAUGGGAGAAGGAGCUCUGAGUGCCCUGCCAGCAGUGACCCCUGUCCUCUGCUGAGUGCCCUGCCAGCAGUGACCCCUGUCCUCUGCCCUGUCAGCAGUGACUCCUGUCCUCUGCCCAGCCAGGAGUGACCCCUGUCCUCUGCCCUGGCAGCAAUGACCCGUGCCCUCUGCCCUGCUAGCAGUGACCCCUGUCUUCUGCCCUGCUAGCAGUGACCCCUGUCCUAGUUCUUGCUGACCCCUGUUCUUUGCCCUGCAAACUGAUGACCCUAUCCUCUGCCCUGC